AUGACUGUUAUUGUAUUUGUGAUGACUGUUAUUGUAUUUGUGAUGAUUGUUAUUGUUUUAAUGAAUGUUACUUUAGACGUGGCCAUCCUGACAGGGCUCCCAGUGGAUGGGACGCCAGUUACCGGACCUCGUAUACGGGAUUGGAACACGGUGUCUGUUCCUCUUUUAGGGAGGCAGUUAGAGGUCAGCCGUCCCCGUAAACUGGGGUCCUCGUGGGUCAGUGGUGCUUGGUUGUCAGCCCAGUUUGGUGGUUGGACGGUAUUGCCUGCGGGUGCUACAGAGGAUCAGCCGGAUAGGGUUCUGCAGCAGUUCGGCUUACAGCAGCCCAUUCCCCUGCCUGCUCUGCAAGAUCGGCGCCUUCAUAACAUCCAGUAUCAGGGGAACUACAACUUUGAUGAACUGCUCUCAGAUUACAUUCAAAUUUGGAACAACAGAGCGGCUUACGUUGUUCAGGGUUACCAGCUCCAGCGUCCACCUCACUACCAUUCAGCGUAUAUGGAGUGGUUUCGGAGCCGCAGCCGGCGUUGGAUUACCCAUGAGGGCGCAGCGGCCGGACAGAGUCGCGACACUUUCGAGAUGAUCGCCCUUCAGAGAGAGGCGCGUGCGUCUAGGAUUGGGACUGCUGCACGCAGUUCUCAAUUAGCUUACAGAGAGGAGCGCCGUGACGUCACACUGCCCCCACCAGAGCCAGCAGUUCCGGCUUACGUACUACCUCCUCUUCCUCCCCUGACCAUCGAUCUGGCUCACAUCAGGGGAGCGCGUAGACGGCAGCCUAGAGCCGCCCCGCCUCGCGAGCGCCCGGCAGACCCUAUCCCCCCACCGGUCUACUUCCACUUCGAUCCUACAGCCACCACAGAGAGACGGGGGGAGUACUAUGGCCCGACUCAGUACUACGGUUCCACUUCCACUUCAGCAUCACAGCCUCCGUGGCAUCAGACCUAUUUCCCACAGGGACCCCAGGUAUCAUCGUAUCAGGUCCCGCCUUCGUCGAUGCCGUUUUUUGAGCCGUCGUACGGACAGACAGCAUAUACCACUUCUCUGGGCACACCACCGGCUUCUCAGUUCCAGCAGGCCACACCACCGGCGUCUCCGUUUCAGCAGACCACACCACCGCCGUUUGCUGCAUCAGAUCAGUAUUACCAUCCAGCGCCAUAUACAGAUGCUCAACCGUUCACGUCUUUCGAUCAGUGUUACCGUCCCACGAUGCCUUCGGAUGAUCAGCCGUCGACGUCACAUUCGCGGCCAUCUUCUUCUCACCAGGCCCAGGAUCCAUCACAGCUACAUUUUACACUGUCAGAGUCAUGGUUAUUCGGUCCGGAGAUCGGUUCAGAGGCGUACGAGGAGCUUUUAUCACGACCGGAUCUCACACCUCCAUCUUUUAGACUCCUACCGCCCACACAGGAGGAGACCGGUACUGCACCACCAGCAGCAGACGUUCAGCAUUCAGCUCAGGACGAGGACGCCCCCGACAGCGGCAAGAGCCCUCCGGUACCCAUACAGUUUCACUCGAUCACAGACAGCUCGCGGCACUAA